AUGGCUUUAAAAUACACCACUGCUUUGGUCAUUCAACCAUCGCGCGAGGCAUUUGGCAAUGAUUAUGAAAAGGCGAAAGCUGAGCAUGACAGAUUCGUUGAUGCACUGCGUCAGUUGGAGGUCAAUAUUCUAGAAUAUGGACCCGAAGAACGUCGCCCUAAUGCUCACAAAGUUGGGGAUAUUGCUAUUAUAAUAAAUGGAACGGCUCUGAUGUGUCGACCCUUCGGUUCGGACCGACAAGGCGAAGUGAGUGUUGUCCGUCAGACAUUAAAGAAGGAGAUUGGGCUUACUAUUGCUGAGUUAAACAAUGACCAAGCGCAACUGGAAGGUAGUGAUGUACUUUUCACAGGUCAGGAGAUAAUCGUCGGAAUCUCCACCCAUACUAAUGAGGCAGGAGCACAGUCCGUCGCUCGGGCUUUUCCGGAGUAUCCCACGACGAUUGUAGCGGUGCCAUCUCCUCUCAGUUGUUUAAAGGAUGCUGUCUGUAUGGCUGGCAUCAAUGUGAUGGCCAUUGGGAAUUCCGAGGCUGCUCGCAAGGUGUUUAAAUCUAUCGGUGAAGUCGCCUCAAGCAACUACAAAGUUCUUCAUCUGGCAGAGCCGAUUGCCGCCAGUGUGCUCUAUGUCAACGGAUGCUUAAUGCAUUAUGACCAAACAAUGAUUCCAGAGACCUGCCAAAUCUUCGAGAACAAAAUUGACUAUCUGCGUUAUCCUUUGGAUCUGCCGGUGCUGCAAAGCCACGGAGCUUCACUGCACAAGUUGGCUCUGCUCUCCGGUCGAGUCCGCAACCAACGACACAUUGCCUCCACCAUGCCUUAG